AUGAGAAACUGUGUGGAGAUUCUAAGACGCGCAGAUUGUACAUGGCCAAAAUUACCUGGACUUGAUGCCCUCCACACCACAGAGCACUCGCAACUGGUACAACAUGCCAGCAGACUAGAAAGACAAGUCGCCGAGCUACAACAUCGCCUGCAGUCUCAGAAUGAAAGCCGCACCCAUGAAGUGGCCCCGCAUUCUAUCUCGCCAGCCGACUACCAUGGCGAGCUAUCGACAGAUGUUGUGCUUUUGAGUAUGAAUGCCGCUGCAGAACCGUCAUUUAUCGGUGCAACAUCAGGUUUCUCGCUUUCUAGGCUCGUGGAGGGAAUCUUGUCCGAGUCCAUGUUAACGGGAAGGGUUCGAGAUAAUGACACCACUGUAACUGGUCAGACACCAACCCGAGAGCAGUCUGUGGUCUCAGAUCAAGAGGAUGUGUUAGUCGAUACCUUUUUUCAACGAGUGCAUCCUCGAUAUCCACUUCUUGAUGAGGUUUCCCUUCAGGAUUUAUUUCGCCAAACAACCCGGGACGAAGAUCACAAUGCCCCCAAUCUAUUCUUACUGUAUAUGGUGUACGCUAUUGCUGCGAGGACCAUUCAGCUGCACCCUGAGAUGCGCCCAUGUACAAGCCCAGAGACAUACUUUACACGUGCUCUUCGCCAUAUCGACUCUGCUCUAGCGAGCCAGAGCCUGCAACGGGUCCAAGCCCUUCUAUUAGUUGCUCUCUAUCUUCUCCGAACUCCCAGUAAUGUGUCAAACCUUGGAAGUUGGCACAUUAUUGGGCUUGCCAUCAGGCAUGCGGUUGAGAUGGGUCUUCACCGCAAUCUUCGCGAUUCUCGGGCGAGACAAUUGAAUACAAACGACCUGAAUUUGCGUAAUCGUGUCUUCUGGAGUGCGUACAUUUUGGAUCGAGCGGUCUCAUUGACCCUUGGCAGACCAUUCGCCCUAGCAGAACAUGAGAUUGACGUUCCGGUAUAUGACUCGACAAAAUACCAAUCAUUCACUCAUAUGUGUCAUUUGCGACGACUGGAAAGCCGCAUACACCGUGAAAUAUUUGGUGCUGACGUGCACGAAACUUCCGAUGAAAAAAUUGACUGUUUCCGGUAUGAGCUCGAUGCUUGGCGACUUGCUGUCCCAGUCUCGAUAGAUGCCUCUUUUGUUCUCCCUGGUUACUCGCUGUACGACACAAGGGAAUUCUUCGAUAUUCAAUACAGCAAGGCACUACGUAUGCUCCUUCAGCGACGUAUCACUACGGCAAAGAAAGAAGCAGAAGGAGACGUUUCGAAGACAUCAGAGUAUCUCACAUUGAGUGCUCGCGCAGCCGGGGACAUCUGCCAACAUUACAAAGUGCUCCAUCAGCGAAGCCCAUUGGGUUGGAAUCUCUUGGCGCUACAUUCUAUCUUCACGGCUGGUCUGACCCUCCUAUAUUCUACCUGGAUUAGGAAAGACAGGCCCGACCUUGUCGCGUUGGAAGACAUUCGAGCCUGUUCCAGUGUUCUUUUUGCUAUUUCAGAGCAAUGGCCGUCGACAAAACGGUUCAGGGAUAUUUUUGAAACCAUGGCGCGCGAAAUGAUGGAUAUUUUGAAACGCAGCCAAGCUCAGAAUUGGACCGAAUUGUUCCCAGUGGAUGCGAGUGCGUUCGGGGGUGAGGGCUUUUGGUCGAUUUUUGAUGAUUUAGUGGAAGACGAUUACAUUCGCGAUCAGUUUAGGCUUGAGGAAAUGAUGGGUUAA